AUGACUCAGAAGCUCCCAUGUGGUUUUCCUUCACUUUAUGCUGAUAAGCUGUUUUAUUCCCCGUUUUUUUCUAUAAACCACCCUCGUUUAUUCUGUACGCCAAGCCAGUUCUUCCUGAUUAGAACUGUACGCAACACUGUAUAUCACAUCAUUUUUAUUGGAGUGAGAACGAGGGAAGAUGUGGAAGCUUCCAGCAGUGACCUUAUUCGUCUUGGCCACGUCCCUCAGAUGCUUAAUGUGUCGCUCCAGAUGGCUUUUUCCGUGGGGGCGGAGGCUCCUGAGGGCCAGGCCACGCAGAUCGUUCUGGAGAAGCUCAGAGACAAAGAAAACUACAACUCGGCAGUCAGGCCUUCUCCUCAUGGCGAUCCUACGGAGGUGAAGGUGCAAAUGUACAUCCGGGAAAUUGAUGUCGAUGAUGCAAACAUGAAAGCUGACUUCGACCUCACCUUCAGGAUGGUCUGGAAUGACCCACGCCUCACUUACGAUGGAGCAGGAGUCAGUUACGUCAACAUCCUCACGCCUCACUUGGCCUGGCUGCCCGACGCCUUCUUCAAGUACGCCAUCACCACGCAGCUGGAGUCCGUCUACCCUGAGAGCUACCUCAGGGUCUACCCGAACGGCCGCCUCAUCUACAGCACGAGGUUGUCGUUAAAGCAGAACUGCCCCAUGAACUUCGCUCGCUUCCCCCACGAUACCCAGGACUAUCCACUAAUCCAUCCAAAGGACUAA